UACCGGCUCAAAGAGGAGUGGCUUCGAAGGGAACAAGAACAAUCUCCUGCUGCGGAAGAGGAAGAGGAAGAGGAGGAGGAAUUUGAGUAUGAGACCGAUUCUUCGGAUGACACUGACAAAGUAGGUGUGGUGAAGUCUGUGUUUGUUCCCAAGUCAGAGAGACACACCAUUGCUGAGCGUGAGCGUCUUGAGGCAGAACAACGGGCCCUUGAGGAAGUAAGGAUAAGGAGAUUGGAAGAAAGGAGACUUGAGACAAAGCAGCAGAUUCUUGUUCAAGAAAUCCACAAGGCCAACAUUAAUACUGAUGAAGAAGAAGAAGAUGAUGAUCUCAAUGAGGCAGAGGAGUAUGAAGCCUGGAAAGUACGAGAGAUUGGUAGGAUCAAGAGGGUUAGGGAGGCAAUCUUGAAGGAGAAACAAGAGACUGAGAGGUUAAGGAACAUGUCUGAGGAAGACAGAAUCAGAGAAUGGCAAAUUAGGAACAAGAAGAAGAAGAAGUGGAGAUUUAUGCAGAGAUACUACCAUUGUGGUGCUUUCUUCCAGGACCAACUUGACACUAUUAUGUUACGCGAUUUUUCUGCUCCAACUGGACAAGAUAAGAUGGACAAGACUAUAUUACCUAGUGUUAUGCAAGUCAAACGCUUCGGCCUUAGGGGAAGAAGUAAGUGGACUCAUCUCAUCAAUGAGGACACUACUCAUCAUCGUACAAACCCCAGCUGGACUUGCAAUCAUCUCCACCCCCUGCAAAGUAUAGCAAAACGCAGAAAAUUGAUGUCUCUAUGACUUUAUACAAACUAUAAAUAGGACUUGAUGAGGAGAAAUUCCGAUUUAUU